UCGCGAUCCAUCGCCGGCCGCCUCAACUGAAGCUGCUCAGGAAUGCUUCGCAGCUGCCGCUGCCGGCGCCGCCUCGUCCUUCCUCUCCUCUCCCAAUGCUCUCCUGUGCGCCACCGCAGCUCCUUCGCCCAAUCACGUCCGCCUCUAAGAGACAUCCGUUCUAGCAGCGACCACCCACUCGCCCUCCUCCGCCUCCAUAGAACCGUCUUGGAAGAAACGCCCAACCGGGAUGCCGUCUCCUACGCCGCCAAGGUCGCCCUCCACCUCCACCACCGCGACCUGCCGCGCGCAGAGGCGCUCUUCCGUGCGGCGCCCGCGCCUGCUCGGGGCCUCUAUCUCGAUACCAUCAUGCUCGACGGCAACGUCAAGGCUGGCCGUGUCGACCGCGCGCGCGAGCUGUUCGACGGAAUGCCGGUCAAGAGCGUCGUCUCCUGGACUUGCAUGCUCUCUGGCUACUGCCGGGCUGGCCGUCUUGGAGAGGCGCGCCAGUUGUUUGAAGCGAUGCCUGAUCGGAAUGUCGUCACGUGGACGGCGAUGCUGCAGGGGUACGCGAGCAAUGGGAUGCUCAGGGAAGCCAGGGACGUGUUUGAUCGAAUGCCUGAGAGGAAUGUGGUCGCUUGGACAGUCAUGGUUAAGGCCUACGCUGACAGUGCUCAGAUUCAGGAGGCGUGGGAACUGUUUGAUAGGAUGCCCAAGAGGAACUCAUAUUCUUGGAAUGCCAUGAUUUCUGGUUUUCUCACUGCUGGAAAAGUGGAUGAAGCAGUUCAAUUAUUUGAGAGGAUGCCACACAGGAAUGUGGUUUCUUGGACUACAAUGGUCACUGGCUUGGCGAAGAAUGGUUUUCUUUGCAGAGCAAGAGAGUUCUUUGAUAGGAUGCCAGCAAAGGAUACUGCAGCAUGGAAUGCGAUGAUCACCGCUUAUGCCAACAAUGGCCAGCUGAAUGAAGCUCGGAGACUAUUCAAUUCGAUGCCUGCAAAAGACCUGGUAACCUGGAAUACCGUCAUUGAGGCAUAUUCCAAGAACGAGCAUAAGGAUGAAGCUGUAAAUGUAUUUCUUCUUAUGCGCCGCUCAGAGGUAUCUCCUGAUAUCAGUACAUUAAUUAGUAUCCUAGUUAUUUCUGAGAGCACAAUGGAAGUUAAGCAGAUCCAUGGUUUGGUUGUCACACUUGGACUCCUGUCAAAAAUCGACUUAGGAAAUGCUUUGCUCACAAUGUACUCGAGAAGUGGAGAUUUGCUUUCUGCUUCGCUUGCUUUCAAGAGAUUGGAAGUGAAGGACACCAUAACAUGGGCGUCGAUGAUGCAAGCUUUUGCGAACCAUGGCUGUGGCUACCAAGCCUUACAGGGCUUUGCUCAGAUGUUGAGGCAUGGGUAUAAGCCCACUUCAACUACCUUUACAGCCAUUCUGUCAGCUUGUAGCCAUGCCGGAUUGGUCGAGAAAGGUCGCAAGAUGUUCAAAUCAAUCUACCAUGUCUACGGAUUAGAACCGACCAUUGAGCACUAUACUUGCCUUGUGGACCUUCUAGGGCGAGCAGGGUAUGUGAGGGAGGCCAAGGAACUUGUGGACAGUAUCCAGCAGGGCAUGCAUGAUGAAGCCAUUCUUGGGACGCUGCUAGGGGCCUGUAUGAUGCAUAACGAGGUAGAGGUAGCAAGAGAAGUGGGUGAGGAUCUUGUCAAAUUUGAAACCCCUGAUUCAGGACACUACACACUUCUGGCGAAUGUAUUUGCGUCACAUGGAAUGCGGCAUGAAACAGCAAAUGUGUGGAAGAUCAUGAGGGGCAGUAAGACGAAGAAGGCGCCUGGUUUUAGUCAGAUUGAGGUGAGCAUGAGGAAUCAUGUGUUCUACUCUAGGGAUCAAGAGCAUCCACAAUGUGCUGAAAUAUAUGAAAUGCUGAAUGACACAGUUAUUCCUCAGAUGAAGGGUUCACCAUGCACGGGAUUCUGGGUACAUGCUCUCCAGUCCGAUCCAACUAUUUACUAGGCAUAGAGACCACAUCAUGAUAGUGGUGUGGUGUAACCCAUGGUCUGCAUUAGUUGUUGAAACCGGAUGUCAACUCAUUGUGGGUACGUGUAAGAACCUGGUGGAAAUUACUUUGAUAUCACAAGGAGAUCUGCAGGAAAUUCAGUUCUUCAAUUGAUAAUGUUGCACACCAAUGUGCUAAGCGAGCAUCUUCUGAGUAGACAGCAGAGUGGCAUGUUAGCACCUGCUUUCUCUUGAGAUAGCUUGAAAAAUUAUUGUAAUCCUGCAUCUACAUAGUGAAAAGAGAUCCUUGACCUAAAAAGAAAAAAAAAAGUUUAUUGGUA